ACCACAAACUCGGAAUUUCCAAGUAUAUACUCAUCACUUGAUAUCCUUGAUCCUUUGGCUAAUUUUUCAAGACAAUUAUAAUUUUAAUAAAAUUGAUAAAUCCCAAGUGAACUAAUAAUUUUGUCUCAUAUAGAUCUUUGGGUCAAAGUGAGAGGUGACGAUUCUUGAUGACUAUUACACACAAAAUCUCUAUGACCUAGAGCUGAUCUAUACGGGCAAUUUUUUUUUCUCAUCUCCCAGAUCAAACAUAAUAAUAGUACAAUAUAUAUCUAUAUAAUUCAUAUAGCACAUGGUAUAUACACAAGUUUGAUGAAGAGCAAAAGUGUUGCUGCCACAAUUCGGAUCGAGUACAGCGCGUGCAAAUGCGAUAUUGGAGGGAUCUCCUCUCCAUGACGAUCACUUUUUACAUACAUACAUCUCCAUCAUCUAGUAGUUGGAUAGUUCUCAGAUGGCAUCUCCGGGUUGAGAGAUGCCUAUAUAAUCAGAUGGAGUCUUAGACACUAGCAUCAGUCUCUUGUGCACCUUCGCCCAGUGAAGUGUAUCUUAAACAAGUGCUACCCAUUUAUUAAAAAUUUAUAUUGCAUCUCUCCCUAUCGAGAUGAAAUUGUUCAUUGUGAUCGCCUCUGUGAUUGCCGCCACUUCGGCUGCCCACUUGGGUAAUAGCUACAUCCCCCCGCCAAACAAUGCCCUAUCAGCCGGUGGAUCACCAUCUUUCCUUAAGGGACCUCGUCCAUCGAAUCAAUACCUUCCACCCGGUGGUAACAAUUUCCGUCACUCAGCCGGAUUUGGGGGUAGUGCAUUUUCUGGAUCUGCUGCUGGAGCAUCUCAACCACAGUUCCCUGCUCAACCCCAAUUUGGCGGUCAUUCCCAGUCUCAGUACCAACCUCAACCUCAGCAAUACAAUGCUGGACCACAGAUUCCCAUCCUGCGCUACAACAAUAACGUCAACGCUGGAGAUGGUACCUAUGAAUUCGACUAUGCCACAGGAAAUGGAAUUAUGGCCCACGAGCAAGGACAUGUCAACAACUUUGGAUCUGAACAAUCAGAACAGGUUGUGUCUGGAGGUUACUCCUACACUGGUGAUGACGGCAAAACCUAUACUGUGAGCUACAAAGCUGAUGCCAAUGGUUUCCAACCUGUUGGUGAUCAUUUGCCCACCCCACCACCAAUCCCAGAAGCCAUUGCCAAGUCCUUGGCUAUUGCUGCUAGAACACCCCAGCAGAAUUACAACAACGGAGCCUAUCAGCCCAAUCAACAUCAAGGAUAUGGUCAGUCUGCUGCUACCGGAAAUAGGCAGCAAUACCUUCCCCCACCUGUUCAAAGUGCACGUCAAUCCUUCAACCCACAAACGGGAUACCAGUACUAAAUUCAUAGAUAGAUUGUUCUUGAAAUUGCGCCUUAAAUUCACAAAAUACUCCUACAGUGGAAGAAUAGAGAUGACAAACGCAUUCGUGUAAUUUAAUGUAAUUUAAAACAAUUUUAGCAUAUUUUUUCGAUCCUCAUCAUCUACCUAUUCUGAUGCAAUAAAUAUUAAAAUUUUAUACAAAAUAUGAAGAAUGAAAAAAAAAAUCAUAAAUACA